GUGGCAUUAAGUGCCGUAAUGUGCACCUCUGCCUACCCCUUCAGGGAUAAAAGGCGUAAUGUUAUGUUAUUGUGUAAAUAGCGUACUAAAUUAUAUUAUGUGACGGAGUCUUGUUAUACCAAUUAGUUUUCUUUUAAGCACUGAAUACAUAAAACAAGGUUUGCCCUAAUUACCUAACUAGGUAACCAACUGCAACUUUGCCGGUUGCAAAUUCUAUUUUUUUUUCUGUAGUAUAUUUCGAUAACAGUCCCAAUAUUACUAAAAAAAAUAUGUUACUCAUAAAAAAAUAACUUUCGAAUGGUAAAGAAAGUUUUGAAAACGAUUCAUUACUUUUUGAAUAACGAACAAACAAUCAAAUAUUUUUUUUAAAUAUUAAUUGCGUAGAUACCUACCUAUUAUAGCAAAGUAAACUGUAAAUAAACGUACCUACCCAUGUAUAAAGAUAUUUUAAUAAGUAUUACUGUUGAGGAAAAUAGCUAUUAUAAUAGUAUAGUAAAAAUAAUAGUUAAUAAAAUGUUGUGAUAUUUUUGUACCUAAUAUUUAUUUUUUUAAUAAAUAAUUUAUUUAAAAAUCCGUUUAUGUACUUAUUUACCAACCUUAAAUUAAUUCCUAGACCUAAGUCAAAAAUAGACUUUGUGCGUAUAUCUGGGUAUAGGACAAAUAAAAUAAUCUCCGCAUCACUAGGUACUUGAUUGAAUGAUGACCGAACGACUAGUCCGACCCGAAGAGGUGACCACUAUUACAUAAGAUACGUAACAACACAAAAACAUCAAAUCUAACAACCAAUAACCAACCUUAUCACAAUACAACAGGGUUCCUAAUCUAAAAAAACAACACUGACAUAUUAUAAAACGAUUGAGUUUAAAGCCGGUUAAAUAGUAUCCAAGGUCAUAAUACUUCAAAUACGUCUCGCUAGAACGCACAAUACCUACACAUCAUUAACUGGUUUACCGAAAAACAGAACGAGUAAUGUUACAACAGAACUAUUAUAGAAGCCGUUGCUAUAUGUCGCUUUAAAAAAUAAAAAUAAAAAAUAAUAAUACGUUCCAAUUUCGAAAUUGGUUUAUUGAACGACAAAAUAAAAAAAACUUACGCGCCAUUUUAAAAACAAAAAUAUUUACGCGUUCGAAAUUCGAAACAAAAAUAUUUGGAUUCACGUACCUAUUAUUAUUAGCCAGAGAUAUAGAUAAUAAAAUUGUGAGUGUACCAACGUGCCUAUUUAAGUACAAGUGACAUGAUAACGAAUAUUAAAUAAAUAAUAAUACCAGUCUGUGAUUGUGUUAUUCUCUGAUCAACAACAUAAACAUGCAGACGACGAAGUUGAGACCGCUCUUCCAGUUGAUAUCUAUUAACAAGGAAGUUAUAAGGACUGUAGCAGUCGCCAGUACAGCGGUGAAGACAGAAGCCUUAAAACCAUGGAACGAGAUCCCAGGACCACCAUCAUUGCCCAUCAUUGGCCAAAUACAUCAUUUCCUUCCCGGAGGCACUUUCGGUGACAUGAAAGACCCGGACACUAUAAUGAGACUGCUCGACACUUAUGGACCAGCUGUAAGGCUGGACAGCAUGCUGGGCAAGCCACCUCUUCUCUUCUUAAGCGAUCCUGAUAGCGCGGAACUUGUUUUACGGAGUGAAAACUGGUUGCCGUACCGUCCUGGUUUUCAGUCACUUGAGUUUUAUAGAAACGAUUACAAGAAAGAUAAAGGACGCGUAACAGGACUUAUUUCUGAUCACGGCGAAGUAUGGAAAGAGUUCCGAUCAACCGUCAAUCCAGUGAUGUUGCAGCCUAAGACGAUCAAACUGUAUGCCAAAGUACUUGAUGAAGUGGCUCAGGAUAUGAUAGUUAGGAUGAAAGCCAACCGUGAUGAAAAGAACAUGAUAACUAAAGAUUUCGAUAAAGAAAUGAACCUAUGGGCUUUAGAAUCUAUUGGUACGGUAGCUCUUGGCUGCCGACUAAACUCCUUCGAUCCAAACCUUCCUGCAGACUCUCCGGAGUGGCAACUGAUCCAAUGCGUCCACGAUCUCUUUUCCACAGCCAAUGAACUUGAUUUUAAGCCAAGUAUCUGGAGAUAUUACGCAACACCGACUUUCAAACAAGCUAUGAAGCUAUAUGAGCAUCAUGAGAACUUAACUAAAUACUUCAUAAACAAAGGAAAAGAACAAUUGAAGACCAAACCUGAUAAUGAGAAGGGAGUAUUGGAGAAACUGUUAGAAAUAAAUGAAGAAGUAGCUCAUAUUAUGGCCAGCGACAUGUUAUUUGCGGGUGUUGAUACGGCUGCAAACACCGUAACAGCAACACUAUACCUUCUCGCUAAGAACCCAGACAAACAAGCAAAAUUAAGAGAAGAAGUAACUUCCAAUGUGGAGAAGAGAUCGUACCUUAGAGCCUGCAUCAAGGAGUCAUUAAGACUUAUGCCUGUGGUAUCUGGAAACGCUAGGAGAACCACAAAGGAGUACAAUAUACUGGGAUACCAAGUUCCUAAAGGCGUAGACGUCAUCUUUACUCAUCGAGAGAUGUCCGUAAUGGACAAAUACUACCCAAAAGCCAAGGAGUACAUUCCAGAAAGGUGGCUGACCAACAAGGAUGAUCCAUUGCACUAUGGAAAUGCCCAUCCAUUCGCCUACGGACCAUUUGGUUUUGGUGCACGAAGCUGUAUAGGUCGUCGCAUAGCAGAACUAGAAAUGGACACAUUUGUGGCGCGAUUAAUAGAGAACUUCCAGGUCGAAUGGUUCGGACCACCACCGACAGUCGUACAAGAAGCUCUCAACUACAUCAAGGGUCCCUACAACUUUGUGUUUAAAGACAUUAAAUGAAUAAACUAAUUUAUUUGUUCGGUUAAGUUUAUUAUAAGAACGAUAUUGAUAUUUUUUAUGUUUUACAAAUGUAUUCCGACGUAUGGUUAGGAUAAUAAUUAUUACAAUUUUUUGAUGAAAUAUAAAAUAUUAUUGUUUUAAUAACGAA